GCGGGAGCCAUGGCCACCUCCGUGCAGCUCAACACCCAGGCCAAGAUGCCCAUCCUGGGGCUGGGCACCUGGAAGUCUCCACCAGGGAAAGUUGUAGAGGCUGUGAAGGCUGCCAUUGAUGUUGGAUAUCGCCAUUUUGACUGUGCCUACGUGUACCAGAAUGAGAAUGAAGUUGGAGAUGGGAUUCAGAAGAAAAUCAAAGAGGGGGCUGUGAAACGGGAGGACCUCUUUAUUGUUAGUAAGCUGUGGUCCACCUUCCAUGAGAAGUCUCUAGUGAAGGGAGCCUGCCAGAAGACUCUUGAUGCACUGAAACUGAAUUACCUUGAUCUAUACCUCAUUCAUUGGCCCUUGGGAUUUAAGGCAGGAGAGGAGCUGUUUCCUGCAGAUGAUAAAGGCAUGAUUAUAUCGAGUAAUACAGAUAUUCUGGACACAUGGGAGGCUAUGGAGGAGCUGGUGGAUGCAGGUCUGGUAAAAGCCAUUGGAAUCUCCAAUUUUAACCAUGAUCAGAUUGAGAGAAUUUUGAAUAAGCCUGGACUAAAAUAUAAGCCUGCAAAUAAUCAGGUUGAGUGUCACCCAUACCUCACCCAAGAAAAACUGAUCAAGUAUUGCCAAUCCAAAGGGAUUGCUGUGACUGCAUACAGUCCCCUUGGUUCUCCUGACAGGCCAUGGGCUAAACCAGAGGAUCCUUCCCUCCUGGAUGACCCCAAGAUUAAGGAGAUUGCAGCCAAACACAACAAAACACCAGCACAGGUUCUGAUCCGAUUUCAUAUUCAGAGAAAUGUGAUUGUGAUUCCCAAGUCUGUUACACCACAUCGUAUUGCAGAGAACUUUAAGGUAUUUGACUUCGAAUUGACUAAAGAGGAGAUGGAAACCAUCCUCAGCUUUAACAGGAACUGGAGAGUCUGUGCAAUGAGCACGUGCACAAAUCACAAAAACUAUCCUUUCAGUGCUGAGUAUUAACAGUCCCAAGCCAUUCUUCAGAGAUUAAGGAGCGGAACUUUCUUCUCCAUUCAUACCUCUUGAUAUCUAUCUUUCUCACUGCAUUUAUCCCUCUAGUGCCAAUGUAGAUGCAGUGUGUAUGUUCAUUGCUUUGAGGAAGGAAAUUCUACAACAGGUCUGAAGAAUAAAGCACAGAAUAGAGAUGAACAGAGAAUACAGUACUUCAAACUCUCUCCAACCACAGUUUUGAAACAGUAUGAACUAUGUGAAUGACAUUAGUUUCUGCUCCCAGCUGGGAGUGUCAGAAAGUGUUAAAUCUUUUGGAAGAAUAAUCUUGAAGUCUAUCUUUUCUGUAAAUUCCUGUAGUUUCUGGAAGUUUUGCCUUCACUCCAUGUUGAACUUGAUAUACCAGUUGGUUUCUGAGUCUAGUCAGUUGCUACCUAUGUGUAUCUCUCCUAAACAAUAUCUAGAGUUCUGUUUUUUCACAGUAUAACUGUUUUUGUUUAUAAUAAAAGGCAAUUUCACUACUACAUGUAAUGCAGUGGCAAAAUAACUUUCUCAUUAACACAGUAAUUCUUGAGCUGCUGCAUUGGGUGGAGUUGUCUCUAGACAAGAUACAAGAGCAUAUCUUUAGUCACAUCUGCAUAGCCUUCAUGCUGUGCUGGGGCAUGCUGCAGAAUAGCUCAGCGCCCCUGCUCUGUCUCCACCAUAGCCUGAACAAAUGUAACCUAACAGUCCUUGGAGCAACACUAGGUGUGCAUCAGUAAGCAAACUUGAUUCUAAGAGCUAAGUGAUGGCACUGGGUGCAUGCCAAACAACAGCUACAGUUUUUCGACCAUAGCUUGUGUGGAAUGGGAGUGCUGUACCCCUGGGGUAUUUUCUGCUAUGGUCAGAGGCACUGUAGCUGUGCCUUUAUUGUCUACGUACAGAGCUGAGAUGGACAAGACACCGGCUGGUGCCUGGGAGCCAGGUACAACACCAUGGACCUAGACUAAAGGCCACAUAAGUGGACGGGGGCGGAGGCCUGGGACCCUAACAAGGGCCUAGAGGACUGAGGCGGCACGAUACCGAACUGGGGAUAAAGGCCCGCUGAAAUAAUUAGUUGGUGAAACCUGUGAGGCAUGGGCAUGACUUUAGGGACAGUCAGAGACCGUGAACAUAGCCCUUAAGGUAAUUGGCGACCAGAGCCACAGACAGUGCAAGAGACUAGACCCCUGGGGAUUUUGGGCCUCCUCCCAAUCUUUUUCUUUCUAAAUAACAUCAAAGGUAUGGCAGGAUAAGGAGAAGGUAGGACCCAAGACCCAGAGGAAGGAGGAGCCACGCAGCCUUGAGGAGGUGUCAUAACCAACCCAGGGGCCUAAUCCUGCUAUACCACUUUUGUUGUACUUAAGCAGUGAUGUAUUUUGGGUGAGCACCUUUUGAUUGCUCCUAUUAAAUUAAUUUGAGAUUAGGUAGACUUUUUUUAUCUGUCUAAAUUUUGUAACUGAAAGCAUCUCUCAUUUAAGAAGGGUAAUACAACUAUUUCAGCAAAAACCUAGUGAUCUGCAAAGAGCACAGGCUUCAGCCAUUCUUAAAUAACCAGACUAAAACAAGUAUGCAAACAUCUAUACAAGCCAAUUACCUUUUCAGAGAUGUGUAAACACCUAAACUUUGACAUUCAUGAGCUACAGUUGUCCUUUGGCCCAUGUUUUAAGAACCUUUCAGCUACUGGUUUUCCCAGUACCUCCUGGCAAUGCUUGAAAUCUAUUAUCUGAGAUACAUUUAGAAGUUUUUAUGAUGAGUUAUGGAUGUUUCAGACUUCUUCUCUGUACAUGAGCCUAUUAUCAGGUUGUCCAAGGACUGAUUAGAGAUGGAGACUUAAAUGCUCCUCUGAAAAGGUGGCAUGGUGUUAAGAGGGAUGUGUGGAGAUAAGAAACCAAGCUCUAGAACUGGCAACAUAACACCUUUUGGUAUUCUUAAACUUAAGUUGGGGGCAAAGUUAUUAAUCAAUGUGUCAUAUACAAUGAAACCUGUUAAACGUGGAAUUAUACAGAGCCAGGAACAUUUUUUACUUCCUUCUUACAGGUUUCUAUUAUAGGAGGAGAUUCCCAGAUGGGAAGGCAUGCCAGGAGUAUACAGAUUUCUGGCUUGAGCAGGUUUCUGCUUAUAGAGAUGCUAUCUUAAACAGGUUUCACUGUAAACAGUAUACAUCCCUCUGCUAAAGGGAGAACUUGAUUUGCAUAAAAUCCACAGAUAUUGGAGAGAACAAGACUAGCUGUUUACUAACACCAUUUUCUGUCCAGUAAGAGGCCACAUCAUCCAGUGUUUGUGAUUAAUGUAAGUAAAGACACUGGUUUAGUGUCUAACAGUAGAAAGGCAGGUUUGCAUUGCUGUGGGAACCUUAACUUUAAAAUUUCUCCUUGACUAAUCCAAAUAAAAUCUGAACUUUAACUUGCUUUAUAUUUAAAAUCAAAGUUAGGUGCACACUUUUAUUCCCUAGCUACACUUCUGACGUCUUCUAAAUAAAAGCUAAUGCCUGAAAA